UAAUAAUAAAAGUCAUCUUUUGAAGAUAAUGUAACCUUCAAUAAUACUGAUUUAAGUAUCAUUUAGAAAUGAAGAAAAAAUGAAAUUUUGACAAACAAAAUAUUUGAAGCUCUUAUGCAUUGAGAGAGAGAAAAGAAAUGGAGAAAAGUGCAACGAAGAGAAGGAUAGUGUUGGUUCCUCUUCCGUUACAUGGACAUAUCACUCCAAUGAUGCAACUCGGUAGAGUUCUUAACUUGAAGGGCUUCUCAAUCACAGUUGCUCAGGUAGAGUCCAAUCAAGUAAGCUCUUGGCAACACUCUUCUGGUUUUGAAUUUUUCACUAUACCAAAAAGCGUAUCACUUUUUCAAGAUGAAGCACUUGAACCAGUGGAGUAUCUAAUAAGGCUCAACAAAACCAACGAGGCGGGCUUCAAGGACUGUAUAACUCAGUUGUUGAUACAAGGAGGCAAUGAUAUUGCAUGUAUCAUAUACGAUGAGUUCAUGUACUUUAGUGGAGCUGCAGCUACGGAGUUGAAGCUUCCUAGUCUCAUCUUCAGCACUCAAACUGCUAUACAUAAAGUUUGCUGCUAUGUUAUAAGCAAACUCAAUCCCAAGAAGUUCUUGAUUGACAUGCAAGAUCCUGAACUACAAAACAAGUUAGUGGAAAACUUGCAUCCUUUAAGUUACAAAGACCUACCAACUGCAGGAUUUGGGCCACUAGAAAGACUUAUAGAGCUCAUUAGAGAAAUAGUCAACAAAAGAACAGCCUCAGCUGUUAUUAUCAACACUGUUACCUGUCUAGAGAGCUCGUCUUUGACAAGGCUGCAACAAGAAAUCAGCAUUCCGGUGUAUCCAUUAGGCCCUCUACACAUUUCAGCUUCAUCUUCGGGACCUAAUUUACUAGAAGAGGACAUGAGCUGCAUCGAAUGGCUGAACAAGCAAAAACCGAGGUCAGUCAUAUACAUUAGCUUGGGGAGCAUGGUACAAAUGGAAACCAAAGAAGUGUUGGAGAUGGCUUGGGGAUUAUGUAGCAGCAACCAGCCUUUCUUAUGGGUAAUCCGACCUGGCUCUAUCGCAGGCUUCGAAUGGAUAGAGUCAUUGCCAAAAGAAGUCAUUAGGAUGGUCUCAGAGAAAGGGUAUGUUGUGAAAUGGGCACCACAAAUAGAAGUACUUGGACAUCCUUCAGUGGGAGGCUUUUGGAGCCACUGUGGAUGGAACUCAAUACUCGAGAGCAUUGCAGAAGGAGUUCCAAUGAUUUGCAGGCCCUUUCAAGGAGAGCAGAAGUUGAACGCUAAGUAUAUAGUAAGUGGUUGGAGUGUAGGGAUUCAUCUUGAAGGUGAAGUGGAAAGAGGAGAGGUUGAGAGAGCUGUGAAGAGAUUGAUUGUGGAUGAGGAAGGCGCAGGCAUGAGGGAGAGAGCCCUCGGUUUGAAAGAGAAAGUCAAAGCCUCUACUAGAAGUGGAGGCUCCUCAUACAAUGCAUUGGAUGAGCUUGUCACACACUUGAGCACAUAGUAAAGUUGUUGAACUUCAUGUACGUAUCAUAAGAGAGCAUUGAUUAAUACGUAUAUCAAGCUUGAUUUGUUAUUCGAAUUCUCGAAUGCCUCUUUUAUAUAUUACGUUACACGCA